GCGAGACUAUGGGACAGCAGUACGAGGCUCGUCAGGGCGAGGCGGAGGUAACUGGACUGUCCUUCCAAUCCCCCGGCACCACCCACCUCCAGCGCGCUGCCCAAUUCCCCAAGGACGCUCGCACCCUCAACUCAGACUUCGACGCUGUCCGUAGUACGCUACAGGAGACGGCUGACGAGAGGAGCAGCAAGGGAAGGACCAAUACAGUCCGUCAACAACAUCACGACUGCAACAACAAUGACAUCGCUGAGUGUGUCAACCUCCUUGAAGUGCUCACCAACAAGGACCUCGGCUUUGCUGCCUCCGUCGACGAGCUUAACAGAAUGUGCCCAGUGCUGCUCGAUGGGCUUCAGUGUAUCGAUAACUAUACUCGCCGUUGUCUCACGCUGAAGCACAGGGAGUACUUCAACAAGCUGUACGCGGGCACCAUCCGUGUCAUCAAGGAUCUGUGCAACACUAAGGGAAGGUACCAGCAAGAAUAUAUCCGCCACGCUCCCUGCAUGAGACAGGUUAACCCCAAGUACAACCAGUGCUCGGAGGUGUACCACGAGAAGACCGCCGACCUGAACCAACUCAAUGACGCCGUGGUGCAGCUCAGUGAAGAGGAGAAGAACAAGAAUGUGAUCACUCUCUGCUGCUCAUUCCAGGAGUACCUUCAGUGCUCCGAGCGGGUGGUGUUCGAGACCUGUGGUAACGAGACCGCACUCUUCACCAAGGAGUUCCUCGAUCGUAUGGCCGGACCCAUCGUGCAGGAUCUAUGUGAAGCUUAUUCCUUUUCAUUGCAUUCAUGUUUGCAAGAAUCCUCCACUGCCACUCCAGGGAACUCUCUCCAGGCAUCCACUGCCUCCCUAGCCGUGGCUUCCCCAAGGCCAAGCCACGGCUCGGACAGUAGCAACUUGCCAGGGAUUCACACACUAGGGGACCCUGAGAGAGAGUUAGCCCUCCAGUCUGUGCCCAGUAAGACGGUACACUCAUCAGUAGACCAUCUGGAGGGUCAUGUUGCAGUCUUGAGGCGAUCUGCUGUGAAGUCUUAUCAGGCCACAAGUGGGCGAACUCAUGUGACCUCUCCAACUGACCCCAGCACGACACACCAGCCCCCUGCCACGGUGACCUUCACUCAUGGCACCACUGUCAGGCCAAUGACCUCCUUGCCCGCUCCUCCAGUCCUGCAUACAGUCACUGACGACUGGAAGGUGAAUCCAGAUGGCCGGGAAGUGAAUCUGGAUGCGUCUGUGGAUCGACGUGCAACAGGGGAGAAAUCAGAGACACAGGCGCAGUCUACACAAGACGACGUAAAUACCGAAACAUCUUCGGGUUCCUCGUCAACGUUCAAGUGUGUCAAGUACGCCCCCGGGAGCCGGGUGUGUGAGAAUGCUGGGUCGUCUGCCGUCGUGCACACCUCCCUCGUGUCCAUGGUGGCUCUCCUCCUUUCCUUCAGGCACCUCCUCGCUUAGGACCGCCCUCAGCACCUACCCACAGUGACGGCCACAACAGGAACGUCACAGCCUUGAAGCCAUCCUGAGAGGGAAGGACCUGUUGCUCCCUGGCAAGUUGAUGCUAAGGGAGGGAAUUUGGUGGACGUGAGAGAGAGAGUAAAAGAUAUAAUAAAGAGUGUAAGUGUGAUAAUUGAUUAAAGAUUGGGAGUAAAAGAGAUAAAGAAAAAAAGGAGAUAUCGACUAAAACACCGAGAGAAUAAGAUAUUAAGAGAAUUAAAGAGAGAAAGUAAACACCAUUAAAAUUACCAUAUCAAGGAGAACAACAGAAGAGAGAGAGAGAGAGAGAGAGAGAGAGAGAGAGAGAGAGAUGUAACAUAUAUUAAAACAAAAACAAAAAACAAAGGCGAGGUAAGAGACCAAAGGACGAGAGAGACGUUCAUGAAACAAAGAAUCAGACCAACUCCUCGAGAGACAAACAAAUGUUGGUAACAAAACUACGCUUCAUGUAUGACUCCGUGGUGGUGUAGAGAAGUGUUCCUCAUACACUCAAUUAAAAGGGAAUCUUUAAUCACAACUAUUUAAAGAAUAUGUGUCUGUAUAUAUAAAAAUAAUAAUAAUAUAAAUGUACUACACUAUUCAGUUUAAAAAAGUAAAAGAAAAUGUAUUUGUAAGGAUUACUUGAGAUAAAAAGGGACUCAUUGAUAAAUAUUUGGAAUCACAGGGGUCAUAAAAAAGAUUGUCCAGAUUUGAAAUGAUUUUGUAUUAAACUCGGCAUUCUUUUAUGACCCAAUACUGUACAGUAUAUGGCAUGGUUAGGUCAGGUUUGUAUGCCGGUGUAUAUCAUUACGUACCAAUGCUCGUGAACUGUAUCCAUUGUUCCAUCCUUCAAAAUCACUUUAAUAUAAUGAUGACAAUAUUUAAUACAGUGUACAGUCAAAUCUGUCCUGAGCACAAGAGAAGGUGUCAGGUGUUGUGGCUAGGUGAGGUGUAUUUAUGCUGAGGGACCAAAGUAGGUUCCAAAUAUUGACGUAGACUUAUAAAAAUCAUUUUUUAUUACUGUAAAGUCUUUCAAGCUCAGGUUUUGAGAGUUGACAUAUGAAUGUAGAUUAUCAAUUAGGAUCUAUUCAUCUAGCCACAUAUGUAGAUACAUUAAUUAGAAAUAUAUUGUACUGUACUCACCAGAAGUUGUAGGCCUAGAGAUGAUGAGACAACACAGCAUGACACAAGGGCUGCCUAUAUCUCUUAUCGUGUUGAUUCUUUGGAGAUUUUAGGAGUCUCUCUCUCUCUCUCUCUCUCUUCCUGUGGCUCACAACUCCACAGUACAGUCGUGUCCCAUACUUCAUUCAGAAGUCACAUCCCCAAAUCUAAAACAUUGCGCCUUACAGAGAUUGUAUCUUAGUGAGGUUUUUCUGUUCAAGUAUAUUAAUUAUUGUGUUAUGGGACUGUGGUGGGGAGAGUGUGCGCCUUGACGAGAGAUAACAUCUGUGUGAGAGUGUCUGUCAGUCUUAACACCAUGUAUUAUAUUGUGAGGGAUAAACAAUCUAAGACUACUUCAUCAAGGAAGACUAGCACUGGUUAAACCCAUUCACAGCUACUUAGGUCAUCUUUUACGAGCUGUUCACUGUCUUUAGUGAUAGAGCAACAAGUGUACUACACAUAUAUGUGGGAAUAAGUAAUGCAGUACAUAUUUAUUAAGAUCAAAUGGAAAACAUUAAUUAUAUACAGGUACAUUCAGAAGCAUUAAUUGCCCCCCCCCCACCCCCCCCAGUAGCCGGAUCCACGGCAAGUGAAGGCCUGGCGAUCCGACAAACCCUUCUCCCUCCCCCAUCUCCUGCUUAAACGUUGCUGGGUAGUUUUGGAACUAUCGUGGCUGGCGAUGUUGCAUUGUAUCAAUAUCGGCCUUCACUGGUUGUGGAUCCGGCUGUGAGGGGAUGGGGGCAAUUACUGCUUCUGACUAUGCAGUCAACGACACAAGUAUCUUCCCAGUUUUGUCUGAUGAUUAUUUAAACUCUCUGGGAUAAAAUGAAAGCCUAACCUUGACUACAUAUUGUCGGUUGGUUAUACCUGACAAAAUCGAAGCUCUGAGUUGUUCACCGGAUGAUGGUUCAAAAUAUUCGAGGCCAUUUAAUUUCCCAGAUGAGGAUAACCGACACAUGUACUUAAUAAUAACUAUACAUCGAAGAAACUGAAAAUAAUAUGCAAUUCAAUGACAUGUCCACCUAUGAGCCAACCAAACGUAGACGUUUUUCCCUCAUAUCAGCUCAUGAAGCAUUAACCAUUGUCAGCAUCGAGUUGUAUUCUCGUGUAUAUCGAAACUGAUCCUUUUAUAUGGAAGCCACAGUGAAGCAAAUAAUCUCGUGAACGCAACACACCUAGUACAGGAAGAGUAACUCGGAGGCAUGAGACCGCGAGGAGCUAUGAUUUGUUGUAUAGGAGUGGUGUGGGUUCAGUGAAGAUAACAGAGAGAUAAGCACAAAAACUUCUCACAAGUGUGUAUUCCUUCACACCUUGAUGGCAAGAGACCGUUCAGGCCACUCUCUCAACAACACUAUGAAUAACAAAGAAUUACAGAAUGCACACAAGCUAGGCCUACACGCAGUAGACCUAACAUGAAGGAAGAGUUGCAACUGCAAUCCACAUCAUGAACGUUAGUGCGGUAGUGUAGACACUGAAUUCACCAAGUGUUCACUCGCACAUCCCAGCCAUUGAACCUACAUUAACACAACGCUACCAGAAACAUUCGGACUUUGCGAGGAUUGUUGCACGUCCUAAUAUUGCACUCCUUGUCUGGUCGGUCGCCCAGAUCACUAGACCUAAACCCUAUUGAGGACUUGGGAUGGAUGUGAUGCACAAAAUAAGUGCAAUUCAACAUAGAGACAAGCAGAUAUUACACACCACUUUGUUUAAUCAAUGCCGAGAAGGCUCCAACAAGUAAUAGAAGGUAAUGGUGCACAAAGUAAUGGUACACACGCCAAGUACUGAUGUGUUCCUAGUAACAUUAAAAUAUUGCCUCACCUUAAAUUUACAGAUGUCCUGUAUUUCGUGUGAACUAUUGUAUUCCUAUAUUUAAGUAACUAGAAGUGCAAUAUGAAUUGCAUAUUUACAAUGACAAGGGGGUGAUAAAAUAUGAUUUAUAACACUGGUUGACCAUUCAGGUACGGUUUUGGGUUGAUAAAGUUGACAGCUAUAUAGUUGUUAGUUUGCUUCAGAACGCAAUAUAAAAGGAUAUUGUUAGGAGUUUUUAGCUGUAAAAAGAUGCCCCGCCCCCUCAA